AUGUCUGCUGCUUUCCCAAGAACCUGUUUCAAGUGCGGUGAAGUCGGUCACCUCGCCGAAGUCUGCCCACAAUCCGAAAGAUUGUGCUACAACUGUCGCCAGGCCGGCCACGAGUCCACCGCUUGCCCAGAGCCAAAGCAAACCACCCAGAAGCAAUGCUACAACUGUGGUGAAGUUGGCCACGUCAAGUCCGACUUCGCCUCCACCAGAGAAGGUGCCAAGUGCUACACCUGUGGUCAGUUUGGCCACAUCUCCAGAAACUGCUCCAGUGCUGGCGAAGGUGACGCCCCGGUCAGGCCAGCGAGAGCCGCCAGAGGUGGUAAGGCUACCACUUGCUACAAGUGCGGUGGUCCAAACCACUUUGCGCGUGACUGCCAGGCCGCCCCAGGUGCUUCUAUCACCAAGUGCUACGCUUGUGGUAAGACUGGUCACAUCUCCAAGGAGUGCCCAUCCCCAUCUGCCUCCCCAUCUGCCGGUAAGACUUGUUACAAGUGUGCCCAGGCCGGUCACAUCUCCCGUGACUGCCCAGAAAACCAAGAGUAAGUCUUGCGCUGGCUAAAGCCGAUGUUUUGAAGCUGUGAGAUCGUGGAAUCGAUAAAACGGAGCCGUUGUUGUUGUGAUGAUGAUGUUUCUUCUUCCUUUGUACCUAUAUUGCUUUACUAUUUAAUCUACCUUUUUAU